AUGACGAUGAUGAAAGAAGGCUACCGCGGUCACAAACAUUCACAAAGGGAUGAUAACCGGAUUGUCAAAUGGGUACAGGACUACGAUGGUGCUGUCCCAGCCGCAGCGUCUGAUAGCGCUUGCCACAACUUUGGAUCGGAAACUGGAUUGAUCUCUGACCUCCACGAUGAGUGUUUGCGACUGAUGAAGGAACUAAGGACCGGAUGGCAGAACUCCCAGGACAACAUCGACCUCAAGCCACAGGAGAGGGCUGCGGUUGGCAAUUGCUGUGGCAAGUUGUAUCUCUGGGGAGAUAUUCUGCAGGGAGGAAAGCUAGAAGCCAGCCUAGAAAUUGUUGCCGCCCUUCGCCAAACAAUCUUGGGAACCUUGGUCAAAAUCGGACAUACUCUGCUGCUUGGCCCCGACAACCUUGAAGCAACCAUUGUACGCGCUAAAAAUGUCCAAGCACGGCCGAUCGAAGGAGAGCAAUGCACUCUCUGUCGAAAAGCAGACUGGCAAACACAACGAGCAUUUGUCAAGCAUCUUGGAAAGCAUCUGGAAGACAUUGCGCUGUUGGCCCUACCGCUCGGUGAUGAUUCUGAAGAUGAAACGGAAGGAGAUGAUCCAUACGACAAAGCAUCACGCGGAAGGAUCCUACCAAAGGCGAAGAACAUCUCCAAACCUCUGACCCGGAAAUGGAGGGUAGGUUUCCCUAUCCUUCUAGUCUUCGACGAGAUCACCCCGGUGCUGCGUCACCCCCCAACGAGUACCGCGCCAAACACUCCACCACCCCAGCCCCGGCAAUCUGCAAGACUGAAGACAGUCUGGUCUGCAGAAGUCCUUGACAAUGUCGACCGUUCAUUUACCAAAGCCGUAGAAAUUCGGGAUGUCUCUGAAGCACAACUCAAAGAAAUCAAAGAAAUCAUCACUGUUACAACUCUCAAUUACAAGAGAGAUACUAUCAAUUGGAAAGUUCGGAGAUGUUGCCAAACCGAGGCAAAAUGCGAUUCCUUUCGCCCCUGCACCAACUGCCAUAUUCUGGGUAUUCGUUGUGAAUACUUCGGAGACAUCAUCGAGAGCUCUGUUGAAGACAGCACAGACGAAGAAUCCGAUGCAGAAGGUUCGGGCAGUGAGCCUUUUGAGAUCGCUAUGGAUGAUGAAAAGAAACACAUGCGCAAAGAGGACGAAAGAUCCAGGGAGAAUGCGCAUGGCGGAGGCGAACACGCCGUAGAAAACAACAAAGGGGCAAAAGAUGAAGACGAGGAAAUGCAUAAUGCAGAGGCUGCCAGACCGCCCACGGAAUUCCACAGUAACAUCAUCCAGCCAUCUGUAGGCCUGCCGUUGUCACCGUCGUCAAAUCCGCUGCUGAGACCAAGUUCCCGUGUUAAUCCUUCCAUCUUGCUCAGUUCCGACUCCGGAGUUCCAACACCUGUUGCCGAUCCUGAUGAACAGGGGGCUCUGGUGCCUCCAAGUGAUCUCGAAUGA